AAGAAAAUCAUACACAUCUGAGAUGACAUGAGGGUGAUUAAAUGAUGAGAGAGUUUCAUUUUUAGAUGGACUGUCCCUUUAAAUACUUCAUCAUCAUCAUCCUCCGUCAAACACAAUAAUGGACACUGUCAGGGAGCCGGAGUUUCCUCUGUCUGAAACACUAGCGGAAGUUCUCCAGCAGGGGGCGAAACAAACUCUAGAGCUCAGAGACAAACAACACAAACACAACACACUACAGGCUGCUCUGUUAGAUCUGGAUCAGAGCUGUGAGUGUGUGUCGUCUGAUAUAAAGCUGAAGGAGAAGCAGCUCAACGUUGUUCACUGUGAUAUUGAGCAGAUUCAGAGCAACAUCAUCAGUCUGGACUCACACACACAGACCAUCUUACUGGAAAACAUUCAUCUCAGAAACUCCAUCCAGGAUGAGAUGGAAAACUCUCGCUCUGCACUCGCUGGAUACGACUCAUACCGCACUAUAAUGAAGAACUACAGAACGUCCGUUUCUCUGGUGGAGAGUCAAGCAGACGUUUAUAAAGAGUUACUGGAGAAAGAGCAGAAGGUGUCUGAACUGAGAAACUCGCUGGAGGAACUCAAAGUGGAUUUACAGAAUCCUGUGGGAAAUACUGUUCGUCAAGCUCAGAAAGAAAUCAACAUUCUAAAGGCAAAUAUUCAUCAGUGCAGACAAACUGUGAGGGAGAGAAGAGCUCUUCUGCAGAUGGAACAAGAGACUCAGUCACAGCUUAAGAAAGAAAUCAAGAUUCAGCACCGGAGAUGUGAGGCGAUCAUUAAACGUCUUCACUGUCAGCUGAAUAAAGCUCAGUCCAAUCACAGACAGAUCUGCAGUGACAUCAGUCACAUGGAGAAAGAGGUGCAGGAUCUGAAGAGUCAGCUAGAGGACGCCGCACAGCCUGAACAUCACCUCACUUCCUCUCCAGUGUAAUGCAGAGCUGUUUGUUUGGCAUGACAAGUAUAUAGUUGACUACAACUGUGUUUCUAUUUUUAAGGCAGUAUGUUCUAAAGCUAUACAGAGUGUUUUUGGAAUGGUACAGCUAUCAUUUAAAAUCAAUAUUGAGUUCAGUUCAGUGUGAUUUAUGAAAUGUCUGGAAUCAUCUCUAAUUAAACUGUAGGGGAAAGCCGUGUGUUAAAUGUGUAGAUGUGAACCGUUUCUCUCUGGCUAGUGCGGUUUAUGUAUGUUUGGAUGUUUUCUCUC